GAUGCCAGUCGCGUUACGUCAUUUAUUGGCGACUAAAAUGAUCGUUAAAGCUUCCGAAACAAGAUAGUUGUAAAAAUAGGCAGUAUGCUGCUCCAAAUACAGAAUUCUUAAGUGGGCUUUGUAAGGUGUGUUAUUCACGAUUGUGUAAGAUUAACCUUUAUUGUGACAGUUAAGCCGAUAUGAGUGGUGGUUUGGCUCCAAGUAAAAGCACGGUCUACGUAUCCAAUUUACCCUUCUCUUUGACCAAUAAUGAUCUUCACAAGUUGUUCACCAAAUAUGGGAAAGUUGUGAAGGUGACGAUUGUGAAGGACAAGGAGACCAGGAAAAGUAAAGGAGUGGCAUUUGUGCUUUUUCUGGACAAAGAAUCUGCUCACAAUUGUGCACGAUCUCUGAACAACAAGCAGCUAUUUGGCAGAACUGUGAAGGCCAGCAUUGCUAUUGACAAUGGAAGGGCACCUGAGUUCAUCAGGAGGCGAAACUACACAGACAAGACCAAAUGUUAUGAGUGUGGGGAAUCUGGGCACUUAAGCUAUGCUUGCCCAAAAAAUAUGCUUGGAGACAGGGAACCACCAAAGAAGAAGGAGAAGAAGAAAAAGAAGAAGGUGGAAGAGCGUGAGGAGAUGGAAGAUGAGGGCAGUGAAGAGGAAGGGGAAGAUCCUGCUCUCGACAGCCUGAGUCAAGCAAUCGCCUUCCAGCAAGCACGAAUUGAAGAGGAGGAGCUACGACGCAAGCAGGCGGCACAGGGUGCGAGUCACGCCUCCACGUCCGAGGAUUCCAAGAAGCCAAGGAUCAAAAAGAGUGCUUACUUCAGUGAUGAGGAAGAGCUGAGUGACUGAGCUACAGGUGUAGCCAAUGCUGGCAGGUGGUUUUAACUUUUUAACUCUGACGAGAUUCCAGUGCUUGUAGAACACUUUUCUGCUUCUUUUUUCCCCUCUUUUCCACAAAAUAAAGAUAUUGAAUGUUAAA